UCAAAUAGGACGCUAUCCCUGAGAACAGCGUCAAGCCAUGUGGGUGGGACUGUUACUAGGGGCCACUGUGCUCAUUAUGAGCACACAUGCUCAGAUCCCAUCAGCCCAGGAUGACUGUAGACUGACCAACUCAGUUGGCUGUAAAAUGAUAAGAGACCCGACUUACUUAGUUCUAGCUCCCAGAAAAAUUCGACCACAGCAAGUGAUCAAUGUCUUUGCUGCAGUUUUAAAACUGGAAUACCCGCAGUUGGAUAUUACCAUAUCAAUUGUCAAGGGCGAUGUUCAGUAUUCUGACACCAAGUUAACCUUUGACAGAGAAGGCAGUAGGAUCCUGCAGAUGUUGAUUCCCAGCAACCUGACCCCAGGGCAGUAUAAGCUGAGGGUGAUCGGUAGCCUGAGUGGGACAAGCAGUGGCUUUGUUUUCAAGAAUGAGACGGACAUUGAAUUUGAUCAGAAGAGAACUUCAGUGUUCAUUCAGAUGAGCAAACCGAUCUACAGACAAGGACAGACAGUAAGGUUUCGAAUCAUCCCAAUCCUGCCCAACAUGAUGCCCAGCCACGGGAGCAUGACAAUCUUCGUUUUGGACCCAUCAGGCUUUGCUGUUCGCCGAUGGCUAGGACAACAGACAAAUGCAGGAGGUUUUGUGAAUCAAAGUUUUGCAUUAGCAGACCAGCCAACGUAUGGCAUGAAAAUAAAAGUCAGCGCCUUUGGAAUCAUAAACGCUAAUCACACGAGUGGUCGAGCUGUGGUUGGGAAUGCCACAAUCAGAGUCACCAUAGUUCCUGCCAAUGGGAGAUACGACUGGAGAAACCCUUACUUCUAUCCAACCUUAGAGCAAACAGUGGAAUAUUUUGAGGGUAGGAUUAACAUAUACUUCAGCCGAGAAGACUUGCUGAGAAAAGCCAAUGCUCAGACCAUGGAAAACAUGGAGUUUAUGUUUAAUGUGACAACCUAUGACUGGUUCCUUGCCAUGGAGCGAACUGGCUACGGGAGUACCUUCUGUUACACCUCGAGGAUCAGCGUCAAGUGGGUGGGGGACAACAUCCGCACAUUUAAACCUGGCUCUGUCUUCACAGCUACUGUGGCAAUUUCCCAUGCAGAUGGCACACCUGUUCAGGACGAAACUCGGGGUAUAACAGUGAUUCCAUCUCUGUCUUCGGGUGGUGGAGCAGGGCAACUCAGUCCUGUCACCAAACUACCUGUUAAUGGAUUAGCCACAUUCGCCUUUGAAGUUCACAGUGAAGCUGUGAAUCUCAAACUUACGGCAACCUAUGAUGGAGCAAGAUCCGUGAGACCAAUAGAAUUGCGAGCUCACAAGUACCACUCCCCCAGCAGGAGUUAUAUAUCUGUGACGACAUCCACACGUAGCCCUAAGGUGAAUCAGUAUGCCAUAUUUCAUGUGAAGACCAGCUUAUAUGUGCCAAAGAUUUAUUAUCAGGUGGUCUCCCAGGGAAACAUUCUGAUUGGGGAUGAGCUACGUAUGAUUUCCCGUCAAAAGACUUUCUCUAUCGCACUAUCGCGUGACAUGGUGCCCAGUGCCCGUAUCAUAGUGUUUUACAUCCGCCAGCCAGAGGAAAUUGUUGUUGAUGUCCUCAACUUCUUCGUCAAUGGCACCCGUCUUAACCCAAUUUCCCUGAGGUUCAAUCGUGGUAAGGAUUUUACCCGUCACAGUGUGGAAGUGAACGCUUUCUCUGAUCCCGGGUCUUACGCAGCCUUCUCAGCCAUACCCUACGACCUCUAUGCUAGAGGGCUCAAUGACGGCAUCAGUGAAAACCUGGUAAUCGACGAGCUGCUAACCUAUGACUGGCCUGCUAACGGCAGUUACCUGCACAAGUGGAGAAUUAAUGAGAAUGAGUUCCAAUACAAUUUUUUCACGGCAAAUGGCUAUGGUGUAGAUGCCAACAGGACGUUUUUUCAUGCUGGGUUGACUGUACUCACAGAUGCUGAUGUGACUACCCUGGGACUUAAUUGUGAUGAGAAGGGCCAGAUGACAUGUUUUGAUGGAAUAAACUGUUAUGGAAAUGAAUCUCGGUGUGACGGAAGAUAUGACUGUCCAGAAGACUGGGCCGAUGAGCAAGGAUGUAUAUACGAAGAGCCUGAAAUAAACCGACGUAAACCAUUGGACAGAAUCAGUCAUGUGAUGAGAUUUUAUGAUGACAGCAGUUGGCUUUGGAAAGAAAAAUUUGUGAAGCCCGACGGUCGUAUUGAUUUCCGUGUGAAUGUCCCUCGUUACCCUCUGACCUGGGUGGUGAAUGGGUUCUCGUUGAGUCAGGAGAAGGGCUUUGGCUUGAUGGAGAGGCCUGCCAGAUAUGAUGCGACCAGACUCAUGUACAUCCAAGUGGAGUCACCUGCCUAUGUUGUGCGUGGUGAACAGGUGGGAUUCAGGGUCACAGUCUUCAACUACUGGUUUGCCGAUGACUAUCUGGAGGUGUUGGUGAAACUCCACGGAUCCCCUAAUUACAACUUCGUACAUGUCGAGGAGUUUGGAAUCGUCAGUUCAUACGAGCCCCGUGUGUCUGGAGGGGACCAUGAGACCAUCGUCUUUUUGGAGCCCGGGGAGUCUAAGGACAUCUAUAUGCCUGUGGUACCAACCAAGUGGAACAACGAUAGAGUGGAUAUCACUAUUAGUGCUACAAGUUAUCUGGCGAGUGAUGUUGUCACCAAAACCCUCUUCAUCAAGUAUGAUGGUGUGCCUAACUAUUAUCACACUCCCUAUCUGAUUGACUUGAUCACCAAGAGUUCUGUCAUUAUUCCUGACCUCAAUGUGAUCGUCCCAGAAUCCUUCCUUCUUCCUGAACAGCGAGAGCAUGUCUAUGUUCCUGGCUCUGGAAAGGCCUUGAUGUCCAUCUUUGGUGAUGUUGUAACUCCCGGAUUUUUUGUGGAAUAUCCGACUGCAGAAGAUGUUUUACGCAGACCUUAUGGUUCAGCAGAACAAAAUAUGUUCAACUUUGCCUACAGUCUUUUGACACUUCGCUUCAAGAAGGACACCAAACAGCUGUCUAAUGAUGUUUUGCGGAGAACACUUGAAUACAUGAAUAUUGGUUAUCAGAGACAGUUGAGUUACAUGACAAAAGAGGGUGGAGUGAAGAUGUUCCAGGAUGAUAUUGAACCCAGUGUCUGGUUGACUGCUUUUGUUGCAAAGACGCUAGAUGAAGGUCGUUUUGGGGAAUGGGAGCAGAUUCUGUUCAUCCCAGCUGAGUUGAUAAAUGCCAUGGUGCUGUUUUUGUGUGAUGCUCAGAAUGAGACUGGUGCUUACAACGAAACAAUGGGAAUGCCCGUGUACGACCGCAAACUGUCCAAAAGUGAGGAGCAGACAAUCGAGCUGUACAAUGACCCUAUCCCACUGACAGCCUACGUAUUGAUAGCCUUACAGAAGAUCACUGGGGCUUCAGGGGAUGCUCAGAGCUGUAUAGAAACCUCUCGCCAGAAGGCUGCAUCCUACCUGACUAAUCAAGUGAUUAACAUUGACCCUGAGAAGAAUAUAUUCCACCUGGCAAUCACAGCUUAUGCACUCUCACUGACUCAAGAGAAGAGUCGAACAGCAUACAACAUACUAUAUGACAACCGUAGGUUGGAAGCUGAGGAGUUGUACUGGGCAGACCAGGUAGUACCUCCCAACCCGUCCAACAUCCAGAAUGCUAUUCGUUAUCUGGACCCUCGUCUGGAGCUGGAAAAUGACGCUUAUGCUGUGCACACAACAGCAUACGCUCUCAUGGCCCAUAUCAGCCAUGACGGCCUGAAAUAUGAGCGGGAUUCCAUCAUGAGGUGGCUGAACAACAUGAGGAACUACAAUGGUGGUUUUGUCUCCACACAGGACACCUUGGCUGCCAUGGAAGCGCUCGUGGCCUUCACCAAAGUGGAUCCCAAUCGUAACGUGUUUGACAUGGCUGUCACGCUGGAGUCCACAGCCACUCCCAGCUGGAAGGCCUUCAGUAUUUUGUCCAGAGACAACUACACUAAUCUUCAGGUGGCAGAGCUGCCCAAUGUCUGGGGUUUGGUCCAGGUAGAGUCUCAAGGAGCGGGUAGAGCCAUGUUACAGCUGGCUGUGUCUGUCAAUGUGGAAUACCCCUGGCAGCAGAAGGAGCCUCCAGUCAAAGCCUUUGACAUGAUAAUGGACCACAUCAGCUGGGGAGGACGCAAUAUCUCAAUGGUGGAAAUGACUACAUGUGCCAGAUGGACAUAUUUGGAAAAGAGUUUGCGCUCAGGCUUGGCAGUCAUGGAAGUGGACAUACCCACGGGAUUUGUGGUGAUGAAUGAUACCCUGCGCUCCUAUGUCCAGGCCAGAACUGUCCCCAAUCUGAAACGAGCAGAAUUCUACUACAGAAAAGUUGUCUUCUAUUUUGAUUAUCUUGACCAGAGUAAGACGUGUGUCCGAUUUCGCGCUGACCGCUGGUACCCCGCUGCUAAUGCCACCAUACAGCACCAGAUGAGAGUGUACGAUUAUUAUGAGCCAGGUCUUCACAACACAACGCUGUACACCACAAACAACUUGUUUAACCAGAAUUUAUGCUGGGUCUGUGGCUCAUUUCAGUGUCCAUAUUGCCCCACAUUUAAUGCAGCCACCAUCAUCAAAAGCAGCUUUACUGUUUUAUCUCUAUUGCUGGCAUAUUUAACACAUCGGUAUCUCUUGCGAACCUGAUAGUUUCUGGGAUUUUUUUCUGCCAUUCAUAAUAACAUCUGCAUUCAUCUGUAAAUAAAAAUCUGUGUAAUUACUUGUAUUGCAAAAAUUUAAAUAGUGCAUAUUAGAUCAGGCAAUGCUUGUUAUUUUAGUUAUAUACGUGUAAUAAGUGGUCAGAAUAUUGCCUGGAAAAUCCUAAACGCAAGAUUUGGAAAAGAUUGUUUUGUUAAAGUAUAUUUUACCUGUCCUAUGUCAGCUACAUGCUAGCUCUAAUGGCUUUUAUUUGUUUGAGAAAAUCGUCAUUCCCUCAAGCAGCUGAUGCUUGCAACCAUUCUGUUAUUUUUGGUGUUAAAAACAGCUAUAUCUUUUGUGAAGAACAAAUUUUUCUUCUUAGGUUUGUAACUUGGGCAAUUUUUUUUCUUUUGGUUCUUGGUUUUGUCUUUUGUGCUCUUCUUUAAUGCUCUUCUUUAAUGCUCAUAGAUCUAAACUGUCAGACUUUUCUGACAUACUCUACUAUAUAUACCUGUGACUUUAAUGCACUCUAGGAAGGGGUUCAACUCCCAGAGAGAUCACCUUAUAGCUCUAUACUCAUGGUGUACAACUCACUUUUCUUUGAUCUCUCCGUUUUCCUCUUUAAUGUUUUUUCAUACAUUCACUGACCUUGUGAUCAAUGAAUAAAUUCUCAACCAGAGAAAAUAUUUGAAAAGUAUGGAAAUGUAAUGAUUUAAAUGAAGACCAGCUUGUUGAUCAUGGUUUGUAUCGGCACGUGGCAAGUAGUAGAUGUUGUGUAAUUGAAAUAGAUUGCUAUGAAAAAGCACAGGUGUCUGUAAGGAAGUGUAUAUAAUUGAUAUUCAUUUCUGCAGUGAUAUUUCAUACCAGCAGUAAGAUAUUUCUAUUAAUUUUCUGGUUUUGUCUGCCUUGUUCCACUUUUUUUAAUGUCUGCUGGACUUUACUCCUUUUUUGAUAUAAAUUUUCACAAAAAUGAGACGUUGGACAUGUUAAUCAUAACAAGGAAAUAACGCAAAGAUGGAUUCUUGAACCGAUUUUUGAAUCUGAGAUUUUGUUCCUAAACAUCAAAUAGCAGGUGAAAAGGUUUUUUCUUUUCCAGUCAUGCGAUCUUCUUCUUGCAAAUUUGUUUUUGCCAAUAUAUGGUAGACAUACUAUUAAGCUGGGAAACUAAAGAUCCACAUGUAUAUCUAUGUAUAAACUGUUAUUACCUGUAAAGAUCUGUCCCGUUUAUGUAUGGGAUAUUUGCAACUGUAUAUUUUUGUACUCUGUGUUUGUAUAUUUAGCUCUAGUAGGUGAACUAUGGUGCAUAAGAGUGAUCAUUUGUAUUGACUAAGUGUGUUGCCAGGUGUGUGUCUGGUAAGGUUGGUGACGGAUGUGUUAGGUAGAACACAAAAUUAUGCAUAGUUUCAAGUGUACACAUUCCUAUACAUUCCAACAAAAGUUUUAUGUAGAGAAAAAAACUUACAUAUAUUUUAGAACCAAUAAACGAUUUUCUGUGCAAGACAGUUAACAUUUUAUUGCUAAUUAUGUUAGAGAUUUUACGUUUGCUUCAGGUUUAUCUCCACCAUUACUGGUAACAUUUUUAUGACCAUAUCAUCAACUGAUAUUUUACCUUUGUGUCCAUAUUUUUGCCGUGUUUGCACUUUUUCCAUUUUAGUUAUAUAAAAAAAUACUGACAUAACUGUAUAUUAUUAUAGCACAUUUUAUCAUUGUAUAUAUUUAUAUCCUGCUAUUGUGGAAAAAUGAAAAAAGCCGUUUUGAUGUAGGUUCUUAUUUACAUCUGAACUAUUCUCCAUCAAGUGCUUUAUGAAAUGCUGCAUUUCUAUGUAAAAGUCUAGGUGACCUGAAAGACCCAUGUUGAGUCUGCUCUGUUGCCUAGGACUUUGUGAUAAUACUUGGGGAUUAAUUCUAAUCUGUCUAAUAGUAACUAUCUCAGUUCUGGAAAGUUCCGCUAACCUUGUCAUCAGUUUUUGUAUAUCAUCCAUCACUAUUAAUUUCAGGAUUUAU